AUGAAGGGAAACAAAAUCGUGUCCAGUGAUGAGUGUCAACGAGAACUUCAUGAAAAUGUGGACUUCCCAGGAACAGACAUUCAGUUUGUCUACUCUCCUGAUACUGAACAUUGUCGUCACCUGUGCACGGAGCACCACGCCUGCCAGUUCUUUACUUUUAUUCGACCUGACUGGACAAUCGAUAACAGGCACUUCCACUGCUACCUGAAGAGAACUACCUCUGGAAAGCCCAAUGUUCAGACGCCACUGCUGGGCGUCACUUCUGGAUUUUCUCUCAAACCCUGCAGUCCAAGUCUUUUAACUUGUGUGUUUCAGGUGUACCAGAACGUGGACUUCUACGGAGCCGACUACAAAACACUUUUCACGCAAGAUUAUGAGGAAUGUCAAAGAAUCUGCACACAAGACCCCGUGUGUCAGUUCUUUACAUUUGUCAAUGGAGACUUCACACCACAGAACAUCAGAUAUAAGUGCCACCUUAAAUUCAGCUGGACUGUACCAAGGACCCCAAUAGUAAAUGCAAAAACUGGUGUUGUGUCUGGGUUCUCACACAACAUAAAAAGUCCGAACACUGGCAAAGCAUGUGAGAACAAACUGUUUCCGAGCACUGAGAUCACAGGAGACGCCUUCGAAACUCUGCCUGCUGCCUCUCCUGAACACUGUCUCAGUUUGUGCUCCGCUCAUCCUCGCUGCACCUUCUUCUCUUACGUCAGUAUCAGCUUCAGUUGCCAGUUGAAGAGCAAAACAGACUACAUGGUGCUCGCAGCUAAACAAGGCGUCACUUCUGGGUUACCAGCACGCUUCUGUCAGCUAGAUAAUAGCUGGGUUAAGGUGGCUCAGGAAGGAGUAGAUUUCCAAGGAUCUGAUUUUAAAUUUGUGCUGUUGGAUGACGCCGACAACUGCCAGGAGAGCUGCACCCACGAUUACAACUGCCAGUUCUACACCUACGUCAAAACAAGCUUCUCUGACAGGACUUAUUGGCGACGCUGUUAUUUGAAGCGUGUCGUCACAAUGCCCGCUCCCCCAAAAGUCGCCAAGUUGGCCAACGUUGUGUCCGGAUUUUCACUGAAGAACUGUGUUCCCCUGAACACAGAUGGGUGUUCCCCAGAUAUCUCAGUGGUCACAUAAUCAAUAAAGAUUAACUGGAAGCAAACUGCACAAAUGAGUUAGCCGACUAUUUGAAGCAGGUAUU